UCUGCAGCUCACCGCGCCGCCUCCAGCCCGGCCCCGGCCGCUCGCUGCCUAGUGAGCGCGACCAGGCUGCAGCCCCCCUUCGGGCCGCGCGGCGGUGACGUGAGGAGCGGCGAGGCUCCAGCGCGCUGCGGGCUUGCUCAGUGCGCGCUGGGCCGGCGCCAUGGUGCCGGGGCCUGAGGGCAGCGGCUCCGCCGGCUGCUUCCCCUCCCCGCCUCCUGCUUCUAGCUAACGGGCGCCUGAGAGCCGGGACCCGCGCUGCGUGCGCAGGGCCGAGCCGCAUAUUGCCUUCAGGAAAUGGCCUCUUCUAAAUUUUUGCUGAAUCUUCUAACCUUCACAUUUGGAUCAACAAUAGGAUUUUUCACAUGUUACAUGCUAUUUAGCAUAGUGUUGGAAAAACAGGUUGAGAUCCAACCUAAUAUUCUUCACAAUGAUCCCCAUGGUGAACACUCAGAAGAAACUGGAAGUGAUCAGCUGGAAGGACAAAUGAACUUCAAUGCUGAUGCUGGGCAGCAUCAAGAUGAGAACAAAAAUAUUGCAGAAGGACUGUAUCAGAAGGUGAAAAUACUUUGUUGGGUGAUGACUGGGCCUCAGAAUCUAGAGAAAAAAGCCAAGCAUGUUAAGGCAACUUGGGCCCAGCGUUGCAAUAAAAUACUAUUUAUGAGCUCUGAGGAGAAUAAAGACUUUCCAGCUGUGGGACUAGAAACCAAAGAAGGCAGGGACCAACUGUACUGGAAAACUAUUAAAGCCUUCCAGUAUGUACAUGACCAUUAUAUUGACGAUGCUGAUUGGUUUAUGAAAGCAGAUGAUGACACAUAUGUUAUACUGGACAACUUGAGAUGGCUUCUUUCAAAAUACAAUCCUGAACAACCAAUAUACUUUGGAAGAAGGUUUAAGCCUUAUGUGAAACAGGGCUACAUGAGUGGAGGAGCAGGAUAUGUACUGAGCAAAGAAGCUCUAAGGAGAUUUGUUAAUGCAUUUAAAACCAACAAAUGUUCUCAUAGCUCUUCUAUUGAAGACCUAGCACUCGGAAAAUGCAUGGAGAAUAUUAAUGUAGAAGCUGGAGAUUCAAGGGACACAAGUGGUAAAGAAACUUUUCAUCCCUUUGUGCCAGAACAUCACUUAAUCAGAGGAUAUCUACCUAGAACAUUUUGGUACUGGAAUUAUAAUUAUUAUCCUCCAAUAGAGGGUCCUGGAUGCUGCUCUGAUCUGGCAAUUUCAUUCCACUAUGUUGAUCCCACAACUAUGUACCAGUUGGAAUACUUGAUUUAUCAUCUCCGACCAUAUGGUUACCUAUACAGGUACAAUCCUGACUCUCUCAAGAAUCUAGAAAUGCAAAUCAAAAGCAAAGCAAUGGAUAAUGAUGCAGAAAGCUCCUGAAACUGAAUCAGACUUCUACUCAAUAAUAAGAUGUGGAACAAUGCACUGAAAGAAGUAUCAUGGAGUGAAAAGCAACUACAUCUAGCUCAGACAGGACUCUGGAAUUGCUAGUAGUAAUUCAUUUGAAUUUUAAAAGUUCUGUGUUGAGGGUCUUCCUCUGUGACUGCAAACUACAGGUUUCAUUGUGCAGUUCUUAUUCGUGGGGAUAGUGGGACUUUUCACAUGUUAGGACUGCAGAAUCAGGCCCUAAAGCUUUUAUGUGAUCUGUGAAAUCUGUUGAGGUGGCUUUGUUACAAAUUCUUCAUGUUUAUAUUAUUGUAUUAAAACAAAUGGAUGGUGGUGAGGCUCAAGCAUGAUUAUACAGUAUUUUCUAGUCAUUAUUUUUCUUUUUGCCCCAGUUCCCAUUAUUUUGGAUAAGUACUAAUGUUAGAAAUCCUGGGCUACAUAGGUUCAUCACUUUGAGAUGGUGAUGAUACUGGAGAAAUUUGACAUGAAGUAACUUGGCUGAAAAGAGAGAGAAAAAAGUCUUCAAAACCACUCCUGCCUUAAAAACAGACUUUAAAAUAUUUGGUGUAAUUAGUAAUAUUCUGCCUAUUUAAUGUCGAAAUCUGAAUUACUUCCCAAAUGAAAUGAACUUGUUACUCUUGGCCUCAUCAUAAACGUCCCCCAAGAUACUACUAUCUGUUCCACAAAACCACCACCCAGUUGGCUUGUGCUAAUUGGCGAAAAGCCCAGGAAUAGCAAGGCUAUACAUCUUGGAGUAUGUUGAAGAUGUGUGGAAACUUGCAUACCUGCCCACUCUAUGCCUUUUGGUGUGUACUCCUGGCUUGAAUGGGCACAAAAUUCAUCCAAAAGCUUUUUAAUGUACACAUGAUAGAAAUAAACCCCUUAUAAGUGCAAUUUCCUCCCCUUGUAUUCAUUCUGUAAGCCAAAAAAUGUUUGUGUGAUAACACUACAGUCAUACAAUAAAUACUUGUUGUAGACAGCCAGGCGUU